GCACCAUCAUUCUACUACUCAACUAGCCUGAUCGUCGCGGGGUUGGUGUCGUAUAGCAUUGCUAUACUCUGCACCAUCGCCAGGCUUGUUUACAGAGCUUGGACGCGUCACUUCUAGUGGGAAGAUGCAUGGGCUACAGUUGCACUGAUAGCAGAUGAUAGAGUUUUUAUUGUGUGUUACCUUGUUCGAAUAACCAACCACAUCUUCCCAGUUCUUUGCUUGGCGUGCCUCUGGCUCGACCCAAAGAUAACCUGUGAGUGCUUGACUUCGCACUCCAAUAUUAAUCGGAUGUUCAUGUCACUAUCAGCCUGGAUCCUCUCAAUAACGUUCACCUCCGUCCUGUGGGCUGCGCGCAUGAACAUCAUUUUCUCCGUCAUCCGCAUCACCAACCACUCCGGCUGCAAGAUACACAAACAGAUCACGUAUCUCAUUGCAGCGUCCUUUGCGUAUAUGUGGGCCGUGCUGAUCGCCCAGAAGAUGAGCGCGUGCAAACUUCACUCGUGCAUAAUGUCGCCGUCGGUGGCGUUCUUGCAACUUAUCGCGGACGCCAUCGCAGAUGUUUUCAUUGUCGCUACGCCGCUGUAUCUCUGGACCAAAGUGGAGCUCUCGCGUAGCAGACAAAUAUUAGUCCAAUCUGCGUUCGGCACAUCCCUGAGUUUAAUCACCACCAUCACCAUCUUCCACUCUAUAAACAUUUCCAUGGGGCACACGUCGACCACGCUCAUCUUGGCGUACAUCAAAGCUGCCUUCAGUCUCUUCAUCUGCAACAUCCUGGUGAUCGUGAUUUUCUUAUACCGCAUGUGCUCAGAGGAAAUAGUCGAUCUCGACCAACCAUUCACAUCCAAUCAAGUCUUCACGAACGUCAUCCUGACGCAGAUGCCCCGAUAGUACGACCCCCGAGACCUCACUCUCUGUACAAGAGGGGACAACCUCGAGACAGAA